CCGGCUUGGAACCACCACCCGCCCAUACUACUUGUAUUCGUCUUGCUCUCAACCACUCUGACUACUCCUCUUUCACAACACUCCGUCGCUGUUGGUUCUCAUUUGACUCCGCCUACCCCGGCACUCUCACCUGUGCACCUCUUACUCGCCCACACCGCAGCUUCACCAAGCCUUACCUGACGUCGACGUCGGCGGCGCCAACCUUUUCCCAGUCGUAACCGCCCACUGCGACCACUUUCAACCGUACAUCUCCUCGAAGAAUCUGCGCCGGCCCUUCAGACACCCAGUCGCCUUGUUCCGUGCUCAGCGUUGACGACCCCGCCUCUACAGUGCAAGAAUCAUGGUAGAGGCAGAGGGCAAUCCCACGUGGAAGUUCACUCAAUGCUUCGGUGACAAAGGAGACGUUGAGGACAUAACAGAAGCUGACAUCAUUUCCACUGUCGAAUUCGAUCAAACGGGCAAUUAUCUGGCCACCGGGGACAAAGGCGGUCGUGUGGUACUGUUCGAGAGAAACGAAACGAAAAAAACUUGCGAGUACAAGUUCCACACCGAGUUUCAGUCACACGAGCCCGAAUUCGACUACCUGAAGUCGCUCGAGAUCGAGGAGAAGAUCAAUAAGAUCAAAUGGUGCCGUCGCCAGAAUGCCUCCCACUAUCUGCUCUCUACCAAUGACAAGACAAUAAAGCUGUGGAAGGUCUUCGAAAAGUCGUUAAAGGUUGUGGCGGAGAACAACCUUUCACAUGAGCUCACCCCAGGUGGAGUUCCUGGAGGCGGCGGACCUGUGAGGAAUCCGAACGUCCACUUCCGCACAGCUGCAGACCUAAAGCUUCCCCGCUUGACCCAUCAUGACACCGUUGUCGCCGCCGUACCCCGCAAAACCUACGCAAACGCACAUGCUUAUCACAUCAAUAGCAUAUCGGUAAAUAGCGACGGCGAGACAUUCAUUAGUAGUGAUGAUCUUCGAAUCAAUCUCUGGAACUUGAAUAUACAAGACCAAAGCUUCAACAUCGUGGACAUCAAACCGGCGAACAUGGAGGAGCUUACCGAAGUCAUAACCGCCGCCGAGUUCCACCCGCUGAGCUGCAACUGGUUCAUGUAUGCUAGCUCUAAAGGAACCAUCAAGCUGGCGGAUAUGAGAGAAAGCGCUUUGUGCGACCAGCAUGCAAAACAAUUUGAACAGGAAGAGGACCCCACGUCUCGAUCCUUCUUCUCCGAAAUCAUCUCCUCGAUAUCAGAUGUCCGUUUCUCGCACGACGGCCGCUACAUACUGUCACGCGACUAUCUGACCGUCAAGAUUUGGGACGUGAAUAUGGAAAGGACACCAAUCAAGACCAUCCCGAUCCACGAGCACCUACGGCCGAGGCUAUGCGACACUUAUGAGAAUGACAGCAUUUUCGACAAGUUUGAGGUGGUAUUCUCAGGGGACGCGAAGAAUGUGAUGACGGGCAGUUAUAAUAACAACUUCAUGAUCUACCCGUCUGACCCUGAUAAAGAGACUGAGGUUGUCCUCCAAGCGGACAAGUCGGCUUUCAAGGCUAAGAAGGUCGGCAUACCAACGCCGAUGAACUCGUCAACAAGCCCCACCGGCAGCACGAGUAAGAAGGGUGGUUCCAGAGCUGGAAGCCCUGCUGCUGGGGCUGUUGGCCAAGGCCAGCGGAUGAGGAAGGAGACCGACGCAGACCAGAUCGACUUCAACAAGAAGAUCCUACACAUGAGUUGGCAUCCGUUCGAGGACAGCAUUGCAAUCGCCGCAACGAACAAUCUUUUCGUCUUCUCAGCACUGUAAGGGAGCCUGCAUCAUGGUCGGAAGCACAUCUUGUCAGAGGCAAUCACAACUAGAGGCAUUUUGGAGCCGUGUUAGUUGGGCAUUCUUGUGCUCUCUUAUCUUCCUUUCCUUGCAAUCAGCUUAGGCUAUACGAGGUGCAGGCCGAUGUGCUUUUUGUGUCAAGAGACUGUUUAUCAAUGGUGUGGCCAAUACCAACCUGGUUCAGAUUUGAAUGACUGCGGGGAGAGGAUGAGGAAUUGCACUUCAUUACGUUAUGCUGUAGUGCAAUGCCGACGAUGCUGAACGAUGCUAAGAGACUCAAAUAAUAAUCAACUGUAUCGAAACCA